AUGCAGAAAUGUAUUGCCGGUGUAUGUAUAUCACUCAUUUUUUGCGCAAUCUUGACUGAGACACUUGGAAUGGUUAUUGCGGCAAAAGAGAAGAGAGGCUGGACUCUUAACAGUGCAGGAUACCUCCUGGGUCCUCGUCGUAUUGAUCACCUAAUACAGAUAAAGGAUACUCCCAGUGCAAGGGGGAGAGAAGAGCUGCUUGGUCAAUAUGCCAUCGACAGUCAUAGGACCCUAAGUGACAAACAUGGUCUGGCAGGAAAGAGGGAGAUGCCCCUAGAGGAAGACUUCAAAUCAGGAGCUUUAAGGAUAGCAGAUGAAGACAUAAUCCACACUGUGGUAGACUUCCUAUCUUAUCUCAAACUAAAAGAAAUUGGGGCACUUGAUAGCCUGCCUACGUCGCUGGCUUCAGAGGAGAUCAGUCAGCCUUAG